GAGUAUAAAAGUUGUCCGGAAAUAUACCUAGUUAUAAUCAUUCCACAUUCGAUGGCGAACACUCUGAAAAUAAAGGUAAACGUCAUCGUGGCUGUGCUUCUGCUGGCCUUAAGCUUAUCGUUGGUUAAUGGCGAUGACAGCGAUGCCAGUAAGGGUCGGAUUGUGGUGCACACACCGCUGCAGAAUUAUGAGCAGCCAUCGCUGCGCGACUACGAGGAGUGCCACGAGAAUCGGGACAACUGUAUGGCAAUCUGUGCCGGCAAGCCAAAGUGCGAAUCAGAAUGUCCGCUGUGUCCAGAGCUAACGGAUGAGCCGCUGCUUGUGCAGGGCGUGAACGAUACGCUUUACGUGGCACCCGCUCAGCCUGCCCUCAACACUACCAACAUCAUACGGCUGACCAACCAGAUCAACAAUGUGAUUCAGAAUGACAUUCAGGCCCGCAACGAGGUGAAUGUGAAGGUGCAUCAGAAUGUGUCACAGGUGGGCGGAAGAUUUGGACUCGGUUACAAUGAGCAGGGCUCCUGUUGUUAUGUGGUGCGUAGAGAUCGCAGUUGUGACGAGGAGAACAAGGAGCACAAGGCGCUCUGUCAGGAGCACUCCCGCCAACGCGUCUGUGGUGAGCGUUGCCAGGCGCGUGUGAUGAUCGCCAAACGUAUCGUUAUGUGCAAGAAGGAUCAAUCCGAUGAUUGCCACGAGUCUGUGGAGUAUGUGCCACGUCGUCACAGAUCGAGGCAGGAGAACCAGCAACAACAGCAAUCAUCACCUUGUCGCUACAUGAACAAUUGGCCUUAUGUGAACUGCGGUGGUCAGGAUCGAGGUGGCCGUCGUCUUAGACGCGGCACAUGUCAGCGUUGCCUACAGUUGCCCUAUGGCUACAUAUUACAGAACGGCUUGCAGGCAGAAUGCGUCGGCUGUUUUCAAGGCUAUGCUUCUUCAAUGAUGCCAGCACCCAUAUUUUAUUCACCCUUUGCACCCAUGCCCAAUUUUGGCUAUAAUUAUAUGCCGCAACCAGAGAGCCAGCAUCAUGAUAAGGAACAGGAGCCGAGCAGCGACAUGGACGACGGUGGUGUUAAUGAUGGAUGGGUGUUGGAAACGGAAAACUGUGUCGACGCCAAUGGACAGCUGGUGAAUUGCCCUAAAGAUGAAAAUGCUGCUGCACCUGGUAACAAACAGCCAGAGUACUUGGAGCAGGGCGACAGUCUCGAUACGGACAGUCUCGAUACGGACGAUUCGGGCUAUGAUGUUCCCAUCCAGCGUCGACGUCGCCGUCGUCAUCAUCAUAACCCCAACAAUUAAAGGAAUUGCAUAAUUUUUAACCUUAAAAGCUUUGCCAAAUUUUGCAUAAGCAAAUAACAAAAAAUGUAUUAAAAGUUAGUUAAACAUAAAAGAACAGUUAAUGUACGUUUAAAAAUAAUUAUUCAUUUUAAUAAAUGCAUUACUUUUUUACCAAAA